GGGUCGGGAAAAACCCCACUUUCAGAUUCGUUCAGUAAUUUCGUCGAGCAUCUUGUCUGCAAUGCUCUCGUCCCCUCGUAGUUCACCAUCCUUCCAGUGACUUAAGCAAAGUCUGAGAUAAACCCUAAACCCAUUUUCGCAUUUGCGUCAUCUGAUACUCGAAACGUUCGAUAAAGAUGUUCGCCAAAUCCAAAAGCUUUCUCUUUUCAAUGAGCAAGCUGUUUCAUCAGCAUCAACAAUGGCGAGAAAUGGGAGCAAUGGCGAAAGUGAGAUUGAAAUGGGUGAAGAACAAGAACCUCGAUCACAUCAUUGACACCGAAACCGAUCUCAAAGCAGCUUGCAUCCUCAAAGACGCCAUUAAACGAUCUCCCACCGGUUUCCUCACCGCGAAAUCCGUCGCCGACUGGCAAAAGCUCCUCGGUCUCACCGUCCCUGUUCUUCGCUUCUUGCGCAGGUAUCCGACUCUGUUUCACGAGUUUCCGCACGCUCGUUACGCAAGCUUGCCCUGUUUCAAGCUAACGGAGACAGCACUAAUGCUCGACUCACAAGAAGAGAUCAUUCAUCAAAGCCACGAGAGUGAUACAGUGGAGAGGCUCUGUCGCCUUCUGAUGAUGAUGAGAACAAGAACCGUCUCUCUCAGAUCACUCCACUCUCUCAAGUUCGAUCUCGGCUUACCUGACAACUACGAGAAGACGCUAGUCAUGAGAUACCCUGACCACUUCUGCUUCGUCAAGGCCUCUAACGGAAACCCUUGUCUAAAGCUCGUGACUUGGCGUGAUGAGUUCGCCUUCUCUGCUCUGCAGAAGCGAAACGAGAGGGAUGCUGUUACAGGUGAGGAUGGUCUCUACCGCGAGUUCAAGAGAGGACAAUCCGCAUUGACUUUCGCUAUGAGUUUUCCUCGAGGGUAUGGAGCUCAGAAGAAGGUCAAGGCUUGGAUGGAUGAGUUUCAGAAACUUCCUUACAUAUCUCCUUACGACGACGCGAGUAACAUCGACCCUGAGAGCGAUCUCAUGGAGAAACGAGCUGUGGGAGUGUUGCACGAGCUCUUGAGCUUGACUAUCCACAAGAAAACCAAGAGGAACUACUUGAGAAGCAUGAGAGGUGAGCUCAACAUUCCUCAUAAGUUCACUCGUCUCUUCACGCGGUACCCUGGGAUCUUCUACCUUUCGUUGAAGUGUAAGACGACAACUGUGAUUCUUAAAGAAGGGUAUCGUCGUGGAAAGCUAGUGGAUCCGCAUCCUCUCACUCGUCUUAGAGAUAAGUUCUAUCAUGUGAUGAGAACAGGGUUUCUCUACCGGGCUAGAGGGGUAGGCAUGGUCUCUAAGGAGGAACUUUUGCUUGAUAAGGUUGACGAUGAGGGCCCUGAGGAAGAAGGUUCUGAAGAAGAAGAGAUUGUGGAAGGAAGUGAACUUGAAGAGGAUUCAGAAGAUGAAUAGCAUUAGCUGUUCAAUUCAAAUGUCAUAGACAUGUAUCCUUAUCAAUUCACACACAUCAACGAAUGUUACUACAUUUUAUCUUAAGCAAUGGAGUUGAGUUCGAUCUA